CCGACUUACUUGCUGCUGGUGCUGUUGGUUGGGAGAAAUGUUUGAAUAUUGUUUACCAGCACUACCAGCAGUGUUAUAAUACUUUGAACUAUAUUAGGUACCAGUUUCAUGAUGAUCGUGGCGCUAUAAUCAAAUUGUUGGUGAACACAAACUAAAAGUUUUAUAGUUAUUGUUGCACGGAUUUAAUAUUUGUUUACUGUUUUUAUUUGAGUGAAAAACAUGUGGCAAUCUUGUUUAGUUUUUGGUUUGAUCAUUUAUUUUUUCUUAUUUUAAUGGACUAGAGAAGUUAUUCAGAGUUUUGGGAUUAUAAAUAUUAUUGUUUUUGUACGAAAAAGAUUGUUUACACCGAACAAAAGACUCAAUUUUGAGUUUCUGGUGUUGUGAAAAUUCAAAAUAUUCUCGUAUCGUAUGAUCAAAAUAAGAAAUAGACAAGGUGAAGAAGAAGGCGAAGACGAAGAAGCUGUAGAAAUAUGUCGUUAAAUUGUGGAGCAUGUUUUGCCAAAUAUUUAUUAUGUAUAUUUAAUUUUAUUGUUUUUUUAGCGGGUACUACAGUAUUAGCAGUUGGAAUAUGGCUUGCAGCGGAUACAAAUUCAUUUAUAUCGUUAAUGAAAGUUGUAGAUAAUGAACAAUUUCAGGAAUUUACACAACCCACUGUUAUUAAGCAAGCAUCAUACGUCCUGAUUGCGGCUGGAUCGUUUAUGUUUAUUGUUAGUUUCCUGGGGUACUGUGGUGCACUGCGUGAAUCUAAAUGCCUUCUCACUCUGUAUGGAAUUUGUUUAGUCAUCAUAUUAGCAAUUGAAAUCACGGCGGGUGGACUUGCAGUGCUAAAUAAAGAUAAAGCUGAAGCAGAAACUCGAACAUUCUUAAAAACAACAAUAACCAAAUAUUAUGCAACACCGGAUAAAGCUGAUGCCGUUACAGUUAUGUGGAAUACCAUGAUGAGACAAUUAUCAUGUUGUGGAGUGGAUAACUACAAAGAUUUCGAGGACAGUCCAAAAUGGAUUAGUGAAAAGGGCGAACAAAAAUUACCAGCUGCAUGCUGUGCAUACGAUAAAAAUAUUCAUAAUUAUCAAAAUUGUACAUCAAAUCCAUCUGAAUCGAAUUCGUAUUACGAAACUGGUUGCUUCAAAACGUUACUCCAUUGGAUUAUGCAACACAUGGACAUUAUCAUAUGGUGUGUCGUCAGUUUAGGAUUAAUACAAUUAUUUGGAAUAUUUUUUGCAUUCUGUUUGUGCAAAUCAUUUGAGGAAUAUUUAAAAUGAAUCUUUAAAUCUGUAACUUUAUUUGUUUUUGUAUAGAAAAUAAUUAAUUAUAUUGAUUGAUUUUUAUUCUCAAAAUAUGGGACCAAAAUAUUAACAAGCCUUUGUUCAAAAAAUUACUUUUAUUAUCGGGGAUAUGAUAAAAAAUACUUAUGUAGGUUAAUCAACAGUAAUUGAAUCUUCAGGAAAUAAUCACUGGUUGAAAAAAUUACGAUAAAAUAUUUGAAGAAAAAAUAAUUCUUAGUAAGUCUUAGAAACUCUAAAAAAAGUCUUAGAAACUCUGAAUUCUCAACGUUUUUUGGACUGUCUAAUUCAGAGUUAUGCAGACUUUUAUUAAGUCGGAAUUAGACAGUCCAAAAACGUUGAUAUAUUCACAGUUCCUAAGAUUUUUUCAAAUUGUCUAAGACUUAUUCAGAAUUAUUUUCUCUUCAAAUAUUUUUCCCAUCAGGAAUUCUAAGCCUAAGCCUAUGUUUACAAGAAAUUUCGUAAUAUUUUAGCAAAAUAUUGUGAUCCAGAAUAUCCAACCGUUUUUAUCCAUUCAGACGCCUCGGUAACUUCUUUGAGUGCACAGAAUCAAGGAUUUUUA